AUGCCUACCUCAUCAACCGAAGCGGAAUGGACCGAGCUCCCUCGCCGGUUCUGGCUCGAGAUGCUCGAUGCGCGUCGGGAGCGGGAUAAUGCGCUCGCAGAGCUCGCGCGGCUGGGGGAGGACUACGAGACGGUCUGCGCGCGCGAUUUGGCGCUCGGCGCGCAUCGCCAAGAAGCUGCGCGUUUGCGCGUUCAGGUCGCGUCGUUGAGAGAUGAUGCACGGGCCACGCGAGACGAUACCAGAGCCAUGGAGAAGAGGAUGAGGGCGUUGGAAAGCGACAACGUCGAGCUCAAGAAGGAGAACGAGGAGCUGGAGAGGGAGAACGAAGAUAUGCGCUGCGAUCUGAAGAGGGCGGCCGAUAGGAUAGGGACAGACGUGCGGUAUAAACGAUAUAUGGGCCUGAGGAUCAGGAACCUCGAGAUGAUGUUGGAGGGGAAUGGAGAGGCGUGGAGGGAGAUGAGGGAGGAGAGGGAUCGGGCGCGUGUGGAGGGGGAUGAGAAGGAGGGGGAGGUGAGGAGGUUGAGGGAGGAGUUGACGAGGCUUGGGCGGGGGUGGGGGGAGGAUGUGGAUAUGGAUAGUGAUGAAGAGGUUCUUGCGCUUGUCACGCAGAGCGAUCGUGGGCUCGGCUGGAAGGAGCGAAAGGCAGGCUGA